GGUAAUGGAACAAAACAUAGAAAAUCUUUAGUUUUAGUUCUUCACAACGGACAUAUACAUUUAUUUAUAUACAGAUGUGUAAGUUAAGUGUCAGGCCAAAAGCUUCAGGGAAUAAACCUUGGGAAUUGUUAUCCAACAAUGGAACGCCGCCGAGGGGACGGGAAUGUUCACAUUGCCGUUUAUGUAAGGAGUUACGGUCAAUAGCCCUUCCGUCCUAGGAUGCUCUCACAGAGCUGUACCCCAUUUCGAAGUAAUUGAAAAGGUUUCCAAUUCGUUAAAAAAAAACCUCUUCACCGAUUGAACAAUCAGCGCAUGUACUCUGGUAAUGUCUUAUGUAUCACUCGUAGAAUGCUGUGAUUGUGAAGGGACUUAAAACGGAAAAAACCAACCCCUGCGGAAUGCGCUGAUCGGACGGCGGUGGAUUUAAACAAAUUAAAAUGAUCAUACGGAAUUAGGAAUUAGCGACCCGUCCGAAGUCCCAUUCCGAAAAUGGAAGUGGCAAUGCCUACGAUGUCGGGCAACGCUAUAGACUGUUACGAGGACAUGUUCAAGGAGAUCACCAGGAAGCUGUACGGUGAAGAUGGCUUGCCCGACCUCCCGCAAACCGAUCGGAAUCACCAGGCGGCCCAAGAUCGGGGUCUCACGCCAAUCGAUUACGACGUAGACACGCCGAUCCUGAAGCCCGAGGAACAUCUGACUGCAUUCGGACUAGCCGCACUCAUGCAGAACGGUUUCCCUUCGCCCUUCCAGCAGCACAAGCCCAAUCCAAACUUCGAGGACAAAUGGAUAAUAAGCGAGGACAACAUCCCCUGGACGCAAUCGAAAAUAGCUAGUUACAAUCCGGCACAGAAGCUGUUCCGAUGCGCGGAAUGCGACUGUGUCGGUUACCUUCCCCGAGUAGCAGAACACUGGCUUGGCACGCACUCCAACCUGAGGGUCUUCCAGUGUCCGCAAUGCCCCUACGAGAGCGCGUGGGCCAGAUGCGUCCGCAUGCAUCUUACCCGACAACACAACAUCAACACCGAGGAGGCCACGGACGCGCUUCUCAAGAACAAUCCUGUCCUUCAAGAAGUCACACGGUUCCUGCAAAGACUGAAAACUAGAUUAGAGAGCAGCUGUUCGAAACCGCCAGCGGCGAACAUAGAUGACUUUCAGAAUAUUAACGCUAACCGACAGGUGCAGCAAACCAUAACAAAUCAGCAGGAAACUCCCAACGCCUCUGGUAGCAAACGGUAUAGCUGUAGCUACUGCCCGUACGCCACUGAUAGACGAGACUUGUUCACUAGGCACGAGAACAUCCACAGAGAGGAGAAGCCUUUCCAAUGUUAUGUUUGCCAGAAACAGUUCAACCGAGCAGAUCACGUGAAAAAGCACUUCCUUCGGAUGCACCGCGAACACGUCUACGAUCUUAACAGGAUACGUCGUCACCCACCGAAGAACGCUUCCGGAAUGUCUUACUAUCAGAAGUAUAACAAUAACACAACCGAAGAGCAGCCCGAAGCGAACAUAAAUAAUUGCAUCAACAAUGCGAUCACAAUUCCAAAUGGGUUCAACAACAUAUCGCGAACUCUACCGAACAACCGCAAUAAUGUUGAAAUGAAACCUAAGAGCUCCAAAGUUGGUUCGAAGAAGAAGGGAGAGAAGCGUUUCAGUUGCUGCUACUGCUCUUGGUCAGGUGUCGAUAACUGGUGUCUGAAAAGGCACAUGAAUACACACCUGAAGCCAUUCGUAUGCGGUUUGUGUGACUACAAAGCCGCGAGAUCAGAGCGCUUGGCCACGCACGUGUUGAAGGUGCACAACAAACGUGCCUGUAGCAAAUGCACGUUCCUUGCAGACGAUCAACAACAGCUAACGGCUCAUCAGCAGGAGCAGCACCCUUUGGAGCAAAGGAACAAUAGGACGUCGUCCGCUGCGAGCAACGUGCUGAGGAACACGAGCUUCGCAAAUACAGCCGUGACGAGUUCAGGUAUAAACUUUGGGCAAAGUCAGCCGCCCUUAAAAAAUUCCGAUAUAACAGCAGCAGCCGCGCUGCUUCAGGGAAAUCGGCUUCUGCAGCCGGUGGAAUCGAAGCAGUGGAAGCCGCACAUACCAAAGCAACACGGGGCGGCGCGCCUCUUCAACUACAUGGAGGCCAGCGAUGGAUCUGAUCCGGACUGUGAUAGUAGUUGCGGUGCAGAGGACAUGAGUCGUCUAAGUCACAGGGUCCAGUCGGAUUUUCUUGAAGCGGGGGAUGUAGGUAGCUGCACUCCAGACGAAGAAACCGGGGAAAUGGAACUUCCGCUCUUCGUCUGCCAGACUUGUGGAUGCGAGUUCGAGGACGACGGUUCAUUGGAAACGCAUCAGCUGACACACAAAUCCAGCACCACAUCUCCCGCUAAAAAACAAAAAGAAAAUGUCAACCCUAGACAUAGGUACCAGUGUAAAUACUGCAGUAUGACCUUCACUAGUCAGGUGGCCGUGAUCGGUCACAUGACCGGCCAUUCGACUCUCAAUCAGGAAGCUCGUCGGUCGCGCAAACAGAUGUUGCCGAAGAGAAUCUCCAACGGUAAUACCAAGAAGCCUACGAUCAAAUCGAAAGCCUCCAAAAAGCUGUACUAUUGCUUCAAGUGCAAAGGCAAGAGCAUCCACCGAUUCAACAGCGAGAGUAACCUAAUACUGCACAACUACUGGAUGCACUCUAAGAAGAACGAGUUCCCCUGUGAGCAUUGCGAACUUAAGUUCGAGCACCGUUACCAGAUGAUCCUGCAUUCGAGCAAGGAGCACGUCGAGAAGAAGACCAAGGAUACGGCACCUGUUGCUGCGGAAGAUCCGCACUUCAUGCACACCAACCUGGCCCUACCUGCGGCACCCGCUGUACCUGACAUAACAAACGCAUCAGCCAGUGUGCAUAAGCUGGGUAUGUACUUCGACCACUCCUUCAACACUGGCCUCAAUGGACACAUGCCUCUUAUAAUACCCACAUUUCCUCCCAACUAACGUUUUAUAAUAUAUUUUAGUAUAUUAGCCAUAUUUGUAAAAGGUAUAUAUACCAUAGAUAUCCGAAGAUAUAUUUUAAUAACUUCUUGUAGAUUAUAUAUUUAAUACAUAUAUUAUAUAUAUAUUUAAGAACGUUCCCAGCAUUCGACGAACGCGCAUAACACAAAUAUAAAAAUCCCAUUUAAGUUUCUUAUUUGAUAUAUUAGUUGUAAUCUAAUUCAGCGAAUCUAGUCAUGGAUAUGCCCAUCUUUAUUUUUCAAAUUUUCUUAUUUCAAAUUGUACAGUUUACUAUCGAAUGCGGGGAGCAGACUGCGAAUGAAACGAAUAUUAAACCUCUUCAAGCUAAAAUAUAUUUUUGAGAUAUUUAGGACUCAUCAAUGAAGAGAUUCAAUAUUUACUCUAACAAAAAAAAGAUAAAUAAAGAAAACUUAACAGAACAACAAAAACAAAACAAAGAUA